AUGAAAGGUUUCUUCCUUGCUUGGAACAUGAAUCACCUCACACUUCAGUUGCAUGUAGGAAUAGCCCUCUAUGUGCUCUUCAGAUGGUGUCAUGGAGGAAUUACAACUAUAAACUGCUCUGGUAACAUGUGGGUAGAGCCUAGUGAAAUGUUUCAGAUGGGGAUGAAUGUUUCUAUAUAUUGCCAAGAAGCCCUUAAGAACUGCCGACCAAGGAAGCUUUAUUUUUAUAAAAAUGGCCUCAAAGAAAGAUUUCAUAUCACAAGGAUUAAUAGAACAACAGCUCGACUUUGGUACAAAGGCUUUUGGGAACCUCAUGCCUCUAUGCAUUGCACUGCUGAAUGUCCUGGGCAUUUUCAAGAGACGUUCAUUUGUGGGAAAGACAUUUCCUCUGGAUAUCCACCAGAUGCCCCCAGCCAAGUGACAUGUGUCAUCUAUGAAUACUCAGGCAACAUGACGUGCACCUGGAACACUGGGAAGCCCACCUACAUAGACACCAAGUAUGUGGUGCACGUGAAGAGUUUAGAGACAGAAGAACAGCAACAGUAUCUUGCCUCAAGCCAUGUCAACAUCUCCACUGACUCAUUGCAAGGUGGAAGGAAGUAUUUGGUAUGGGUCCAAGCUGUCAACGCCCUGGGCAUGGAGGACUCACCACCACUACAAGUCCAUCUGGAUGACAUAGUAAUACCUUCUGCACCCAUCAUUUCCAGAGCUGAGACUGUAAAUGCUACUGUGCCCAUGACCAUAAUUUACUGGAAUAGAAAAACCACGAUUGAGAACAUAUUCUGUGAAAUGAGAUACAGAGCAGCAACAAAUCAGACGUGGAGUGUUAAGGAAUUUGAUACCAACUUCACAUAUGUACAGCAGUCAGAAUUCUACCUGGAACCUAACAGCAAGUAUGUAUUUCAAGUGAGAUGUCAAGGACCAGGUAAAGGACAUUGGCAGUCUUGGAGUUCACCUUUUGUUCACAAAACUCCCCACACAGUGCCCCAGGUCACAUCAAAAUCAUACCAUGAAUCUCAGAAGACUGAGAUGCUCACUGCUACAAUCUUUAAAGGACAUCUUACUUCUGAUAAUAGUCAAGACAUUGGAUUUUUGUUGGGAAUGGUUUUCUUGUCCACCAUGUUGCCGAUUUUUACUCUGAUUGGGAUAUUUAACACAUCACUUCGAACAGGAAUUAAAAGAAAAGUCUUACUGAUAAUCCCAAAGUGGCUACAUGAAAAGAUUCCUAAAAUGGAAAAUAGCAAUGUUGCAAAAUUGCUACAGGAAAAAGGUGUAUUUGAGGAUAAUAAUGACAGUGAGCAGGCUCCGUAUGUGGAUCCUGUGCUUACAGAGAUAAGUGAAAUCUCUCCCCUGGAAUACAAUCCCACAGGUUACAAGGAAGAAAGGCUCACAGGACUCCUGGAGACAAGAGACUGUCCGCUAACAAUGCUGUCUACCAGUUCUUCUGUUGUGUACAUUCCUGAUCUCAACACUGGAUACAAACCCCAGAUUUCAACCAUUCCCUCUGGGAGAGACCAUUUCAGUACCAGGGAUGAGAGGGAGUCUGCAACCCUUGAGGCCACAAGUGACCACUUUACCAGACUGAAAACAUAUCCCAGUUUUGCAUUUUCUGCCUCAAGUAUGACUUUACUAAGCAAAACACUAAUUCUUGAUGAAUUGAACCUCGUUUUAAAUCAAGGUGAAUUCAAUCCUCUUGAUAUACAAAACUCAAGACAGGAGGAAACAACCAUGAUUUUGGAAAGUGACACACCCAGGGAAACGAUUCCAGAGCAGACUGUGCUGUCUGAUGAAUUUGUCUCCUGUUUGGCAAUCAGGAGUGAGGAUUUGGCAUCUAUUAGUUCUUACUUUCCACAGAACAUUUUGGAAAGCCAAUUCGGUAGGAUUUCACUCUUGCAAAAGUAGACUCUCCCAUCAAAGUCAGUGAGAGAGGCUGCCUUUCCACUGAAGGCCAAAUCUUCCCUCCAAAAAGUGUAAUUACACUUACAAGACAGCAGGAAUGAACAUCCAGGUAGGAGGUUCCUCCACCAAUACACUAAGCCAAAUCAACCCAGUUAAAAGUAAAGGACCAGGUUUAAUCUAAGCAAAGCAUUUCCGGGUGAUCUUGGGGGAAGGAAGGAGGGGGAAUCAUGUGGCAGGUGUAUGGACCCGAGCCAACAUACCCUGUAGGUGUGGUCUUGAUCAGCUCCAGGGAAGGAGCCGCCACUUGGCACGCUUUCUGAAAGGGACAGGCUUGAGGCGGGGUUGCCAAUGGAACAGGGAUCACACUGUGGCAAACACCAGUAUUUACAUUCUAGCAGAAUCCAUUUGAGGCAGGAGCACAGGAUUGGCAAGACAGAUGGUGUUACUGUUGUUUUCAACUAUAUGUUGAGUGUGUUCAUAAACAGAUGCGUCUCCUACUCUGGAAUGGUGAACCUUCACUCCAUCUGCCCUUGUCCUGUGGCCUGUGUCUGCUGCAGACAUUGCAGGUUGGUCCCCACAUGCCUCUGUUUACUUUUGUCUCAUUCUCUGACACCAUUGUGAUCCAAAGUAGAACAACCAGUUACAAUGUAAAAAGCUUUAAA